AUGAAAAUUAUAAUUAAAGGUGGUAUUUGGAAGAAUACUGAAGAUGAAAUUUUAAAGGCAGCUGUUAGUAAAUAUGGAAAAAAUCAGUGGGCGCGAAUUUCAUCUCUAUUAGUCAGAAAGUCGCCUAAACAGUGUAAAGCAAGGUGGUACGAAUGGUUGGAUCCAAGCAUUAAAAAGACUGAAUGGUCAAAGGAAGAAGAUGAAAAACUUCUUCAUCUUGCCAAGUUAAUGCCUACACAAUGGCGUACCAUCGCGCCAAUUGUUGGAAGAACCCCAGCACAAUGUCUUGAAAGAUAUGCGAAAUUACUCGAUGAAGCUGAAGCAAAAGAAAGAAAAGGUUCAUCAACUGAUGCUGGUCCAAGUGCAGAUGAUGUUAGAAAAUUAAGACCAGGUGAAAUCGAUCCAGAUCCAGAAACUAAACCUGCAAGACCAGAUCCUAUUGAUAUGGACGAGGAUGAAAAGGAAAUGUUAUCUGAAGCACGUGCUAGACUUGCGAAUACUCAAGGAAAGAAAGCCAAGCGUAAAGCUCGUGAAAAGCAACUUGAAGAGGCAAGGCGUUUGGCAACGAUGCAAAAAAGACGUGAAUUAAAGGCAGCUGGUAUUGAUUUAAAGAUAAAGAAAAAGAAAAAAGGAAUGGAUUAUAAUGCUGAUAUUCCAUUUGAAAAAAGACCAGCAAUGGGUUUUUACGAUACUACAGAAGAAAAAGAUCGUAGGCUAGAAUCUGGUCUUAUAAAUGUUCAUCUUCAUAAACUUGAGGGAAAAAGAGGUCUUGAGGAUCAAGAAGAAUCAAACAAGAAAAAGUUCAAGAAUCAUAAAAAUGAAGAUGGAAAAGCAAUAAGUUUUGUCCCUGCUCGUAAUUCACAAUUAAACAAAUUAAAACAAGCUGAACAAAUUAGUAGGAGAAGAAAACUUGUACUUCCAUCUCCUCAAGUUGGUGAUAAUGAAUUAGAAGAAAUUGUAAAAAUUGGAUUUGCUGGUGAAAACACCAAAGCCAUUGUGGGAGAAACUGGUAACUCUACUACACUUGCUGGUUAUACGCCAAGCGCUUCUAGCCUACCAUUAAGGACGCCAAGAGCUAUUUCUGGAAUGACCCAAACUCCUAAAACACCUGCAACUAUUUUUUCAAAGACUCCAAGAACUCCUGCUAUCACUGAUCCUGCAGCUUUUAAACGAUUAAAGGCUGGAUUGUUAGGCUUGCCCGCUCCAAAAAAUGAUUUUGAAAUUGUUUGGCCUAAUGCCAAAGAUCAUGAAAGUUCAGGUGAGGACGAUGAUAAAAUGGAUACACUUGACGCCAGUGAUAGAGAAAAAUUACUUAAAGCUCAACUUGAAGAACAAGAGCAAGCUAAUAUGAGUCAAAUAAAGAGAAGGAUUAAAUUCAACUUGCCAGAGCCUACAGAAUCUAUCUUUGAUCAACUUUUAGUUGGUGAAUCUUCUGAAAUUGAUAAAUUGAUUUCUCAAGAAAUUAUACAUAUAGUGAACAAAGAUGGUUUUGGAAAUAAACAUCUUGAAAAGAACUAUCAGGAAUCAACGUUAUUUACAGAUGAAGAAUUACAAGAAGUGAUGUCGUCUGAGGAGUAUAAAUCAAUAUUAGAAGAGCUGGAUAAUAUUCCCAAACCUCCAGAAAAUCUUGCGGAUUUAUCGUUUGAUUAUAAAGAAGAGUAUGAUAAUGAUAUCAAGACAUUGAAAACCCAAUUCUUGGCACAGAAAGAUAAUAUGACUAAAGAUGCAUCAAAAGCAACGAAAAUCGAGAAAAGGCUAGGUAUCAUUCUGGGUGGAUAUAUUGGUCGCUCUCAAAAUUUGAAACAGAAAAUUUUAGAAUUAUCCAACGACAUUAAUGAAGCAAUUAUUCAACACAGCUCGUUUGAAUUAUUGAGAGGGCAGGAAAAGAUUGCUGCUGAACAGAGAGUAAAGGCAAUUAAAUCAGAUGUUGACAAACUUGCUCGUCGUAAAGCAGAGUUGCAAAGUAUGGAUAUUCGAUUGAUCGAUGAGAUUUUGCUCGAAGGCGGAUAA